GUGACGCACGUGGAGGAGCUGGAUUGUUUGUUUGUUUGUUUGUUUUGUAGCUGUAGCUCUGGUGCUGCGCGGCUGCGUCACGUUGGACCCACGUGGUGUUUAAUCUGUGCUAACCGUGCAGACCCCCCACCCACCGAGGGUCAGUAGAGUGGAGGAGAGGCUACGCACCAGACCCACCGGGCUCCGACUAAUUCCUGCACACAUCAGACUAAAGCCAACGGCAGGUGCGAUGGCAGAGCGAGUGCUGGUGGUUGGUGGAGGAGGACGGGAGCACGCCCUGGCCUGGAAACUGGCCCAGUCGCCUCAGAUCCAACAGGUUCUGGUGGCCCCGGGGAAUGCCGGCACAGCCAGCUGUGGCAAGAUCAGCAACUCCGAGGUGUCUACCAGUAACCACUCCAUCCUGGCCCAGUUCUGUAAGGACCACCAUGUGGGGCUGGUGGUGGUCGGACCUGAAGCGCCGCUGGCUGCAGGUAUCGUUGACGACUUGACGGCUGCAGGAGUUCCGUGUUUCGGACCUUCGGCCAAAGCCGCUCAGCUGGAGGCCAGUAAGAGCUUCUCCAAAGCCUUCAUGGAGCGACACGGUAUUCCCACAGCGCGUUAUGGCGCCUUCACCGACCCGGAGGAGGCCUGCAAAUACAUCCGCAGUGCCGAGUUUCCUGCUCUGGUGGUAAAGGCCAGCGGUCUGGCGGCGGGGAAGGGCGUCAUUGUGGCGAAAGACCAGGAGGAGGCCUGUCAGGCGGUGAUGGACAUCAUGAAGGACCGAGCUUUCGGGUCUGCUGGAGAGACGGUGGUGGUGGAGGAGCUUCUGGAGGGGGAGGAGGUGUCGUGUCUGUGUUUCAGCGAUGGCGUCUCCGUGGCGCCCAUGCCUCCAGCCCAGGAUCACAAACGGCUUCGGGACGGAGAUCUGGGUCCAAACACCGGCGGGAUGGGAGCGUACAGCCCGACUCCUCAGGUGAGUCUGGAGAUGCUGCAGCAGAUCCGAGAGUCGGUUCUGCAGAGAACCGUAGAUGGGAUGAAGGAGGAGGGGGCCCCCUACGUGGGUGUGCUGUACGCAGGUCUGAUGCUGACCCAGCAGGGCCCGAAGGUUCUGGAGUUCAACUGUCGCUUUGGAGACCCGGAGUGUCAGGUGCUGCUGCCGCUGCUGCAGAGCGACCUGCACCAGGUGAUACUCGACACCAUGAGUGGGAAGCUGUCCUCCAGCGCCCCCGUGUGGCUCCAGGACAGCUUUGCAGUCACGGUGGUUCUGGCCAGCGCUGGGUACCCGGGUUCCUACCAGAGAGGGGUGGAGAUCCGAGGUUUGUCCCUGGUCCAGGACAUGGGACUGCAGGUGUUCCACGCCGGCACCGCCCUGAAGGGCGGAGUCGUGGUGUCCAGUGGAGGUCGAGUUCUGACGGUCACAGCUGUAAGACCGUCUCUGGAGACCGCCCUGCAGGCAGCCAAUCAGGGCGCAGCCGCCGUGGACUUCCCUGGGGCCGUGUACCGUAGAGACAUCGGCCACCGGGCCUUGGCCCACCUGAACCAGAACCGCUGCGGCCUGACCUAUAAGGACAGCGGAGUGGACAUCGCUGCGGGGAACAAGCUGGUGGACAUCAUCAGACCUCUGGCCAAGGCCACGUCACGCCCCGGAUGUAACGCUGAACUCGGAGGAUUCGCCGGGCUCUUUGACCUGAAGGCAGCGGGGUUCGUCGACCCGGUUCUGGUCUCGGGGACGGACGGCGUCGGGACCAAACUCAAGGUGGCGCAGGCGUGUGGCCAGCACGGUGGUCUGGGUCAGGACCUGGUGGCCAUGUGUGUCAACGAUGUGCUGGCUCAGGGGGCGGAGCCUCUCUUCUUCCUGGACUACUUUUCCUGCGGGAGGCUGGAUGUGGGCGUGGCCUCUGUGGUCGUCGGUGGCAUCGCUAAGGCGUGUGAGGCGGCCGGCUGCGCUCUGCUGGGCGGCGAGACGGCGGAGAUGCCGGGCGUCUACGCCCCGGGCGAGUACGACCUGGCGGGGUUCUGUGUGGGGGCGGUGGAGCGAGGGGGGUUGCUGCCUAGGCUGGAGGACAUCUCUGAGGGGGACCUGCUGAUCGGGCUGGCGUCCUCGGGGGUCCACAGUAACGGGUUCAGUCUGGUCCGUAAGGUCCUGGAGCAGGCCGGGCUGAGCUACAGCGCCCCCGCUCCGUUUGGGAGGCAGGGCCAGAGCGUCGGCGAGGUCCUGCUGACUCCCACCAACAUCUACAGCCGGCCGCUGCUGCCGGUCCUGCGCAGCGGCGCCGUCAAGGCGUACGCUCACAUCACAGGGGGGGGUCUCCUGGAGAACAUCCCCCGGGUUCUGCCCCGGGAGCUGGCUGUGGAGUUAGACGCAUCCCGCUGGACCAUCCCUCCGGUCUUCUCCUGGCUCCACACCGAAGGCCGUGUGAGUGAGGAGGAGAUGAGCAGAACCUUUAACUGUGGCGUGGGGGCGGUGCUUGUGGUGGCCCCCGUUGAUGCUCAGAGGGUCCUGCGCCAGCUCCAGGUCCACCUGGACGCUUGGAUCGUCGGUUCUGUGGUCCACAAACAACCCGGAGCACCGGCCGUGAUGGUCCGUAACCUGACCCAGAGCCUGCUGAAUGUGGGAGGAGCUUCUGGCGAGGAGCCAGAGGUCUCCACCAGCGGUUGCCAUGGAAAUGGCAUCACACAACACAAGCGCAUGAGAGUGGGGGUGCUCAUCUCAGGAACAGGCACCAACCUGCAGGCGCUGAUGGAGCAGGCCAAGCGUCCUUCUAGCUCCGCCCAGAUCGUGGUGGUUAUCUCCAACAGACCCGGGGUUCUGGGUCUGAAGAAAGCGUCUCUGGCUGGGAUCCAGACCCGGGUGGUGGACCACAAGCUGUACGGCAGCCGGGCCGAGUUUGACGGCACCAUCGACCGGGUUCUGGAGGAGUUCGGCGUGGAGCUGGUGUGUCUGGCUGGAUUCAUGAGGAUCCUCACCGGAACGUUUGUGAGGAAAUGGAGAGGGAAGCUGCUGAACAUCCACCCGUCCCUGCUGCCCUCCUUUAAGGGAGUCAACGCCCAGAAACAGGCCCUUCAGGCAGGGGUUCGGGUCACUGGCUGCACGGUGCACUUCGUAGCAGAGGAGGUGGACGCAGGAGCCAUCAUAGUGCAGGAGGCCGUCCCCGUGAUGGUUGGAGACACAGAAGAGUCUCUAUCGGAUCGGAUCAGGGAGGCGGAGCACCGGGCGUUCCCUGCAGCUCUGGAGCUGGUUUCCAGUGGGUCGGUGCUGCUGGGCGAUGAUGGAAACAUCUGUUGGAAGUCCCAGAAUAAAUAAAUCCUAAAGCAUGACGGCCCUGUUAUCGAUGACAUCACCUGGUCUAAACAUCACAUGACCUGCCUCAUCUUGGGUAAAGGUUAUUCCACCAUCUGAUCAGCUUCAGACCUGGACUCACCUGUCUGAGGUAUCAGAACCAGUCCACCUUAACCAGUCUGGGUGCUGGACCUAUAUUUACUCUAGUCUUCAGCUGCGGCCAACAGCAGCUGUCAGUCAUGAGGUGGGCGGGGUGAAAAGUGACCAAUGAGGCAGUUCUGUUACAUGAUGCUUUAGAGUACGCUGAUGUCAUAAAUACCCAAAGGGCUUGCCCUACUCAACAGUAUUACCUCCUGUUUACGGUAAACCACAGCUGUUAGUUUAUCCUGGGUGGUGUUUACCUGCCCUACCACACCUGAUGACUCACCUGUCAUGGGUUAUGGAACUAGAGCCAAAUUCCUGCUGUAAUGUGUGAUUAGUGCAUGUUGACAAAUAAAAAUGUCUCCGUA